AUGAGUUACAGCCGUCCGCCCAUUGACCUGGAAAGCAUGACCUCCCUGAAGGUGGACAACAUGGCCUACCGCACCUCUACCGAAACGCUGUGGGGCAUCUUCGAGAACUACGGCAGCGUCGGCGACGUGUACAUCCCACGGGACCACUCCACCAAUGAGUCCCGAGGCUUCGCUUUCGUGCGCUUCCAUGACAAGUGUGACGCCGAGGACGCCAUGAACGCCAUGGAUGGCACCGUGCUGGACGGCCGCCAGCUGCGCGUGCAGUUGGCUCACCACGACCGCCGCGGGCCGCCCCCACGCAAAUACCGAGGCGGAGGCCGCCGCUUCCGCAGCCGCCCCCGCUCCCACAGACGCCGUCGCUCCCUCAGCCGCCGUCGCUCCCUCAGCCGCCGCAGCUCCAGGUCUCGCAGCCGCCGCCGCUCCGGGUCCCGCUUCCGCAGCCGCUCCUGCAGCCGCUCCUGGUCCAGCUGCAGCCGCUCCAAGUCGCGCUCCCGCUCCAGCUCCUUGUCCAAAUCGCACUCUAUGCGCAGGUCCAAGUCCAAGUCCUCAUCAGUGUCGCGCUCCCGCUGGUGCUACCGCUCCUGUAUCCAAGAAGGAGUCCAAGUCCCACUGGCGCACCAAGAGCUACCCCCCCACCAAGUCCCCAUAAGAGGAAGGCAUCUUGUCCUCCUGGAACAAUAUCUCAACAACCAACAUAAGGACUGA